GGCGGUUUAAAAUGGGAGCGUAACCGUUCCCCAAACAGACCGCAGCGAGCAGUGAACCCGAGUCCGCCGACCCUCCUCUGCCGACCCUCCUCUGCCCGAGCCGCUGGAAGCGCAAAUGUUGAUUGAUAAGAGUUUGUUGGAUUUAUUAGUUUUGUCAGGAGACGCUCGAGUCCACUUUCACAACAGAUAAAAGAGACAUUUUGGAGAAAGAAGCUCAUCUCUCAGCGCUGAUGUAAAGCAGUGCGAGGUCAAAGGUUAAAGACUGCCAUUCUCCCAGCUACAUUCGAACCCAAGAGCCAUUAAACAGGUACAUAUGUAACUCCUCAACCAUGAAGCCUAGAGGCAAAAUUAGCCUGAUAUUCAGACUGAAUUGCCGUUUCACUUCAUGCCCGACGUUGUGUUCACAUCAGCCGAUUUCUUGUUGGAAGGGGCAGGGGGAGGUUUCAGCUCGAGGCUCAGCCAUGGAGGGGGACUGCCUCAGCUGUAUGAAGUACCUCAUGUUCAUCUUCAACUUCUUUAUCUUUCUGGGUGGCUCCUUCCUGCUGGGUGUCGGCGUUUGGGUGCUGUUGGACCCGAUGGGCUUCAGGGAGAUCGUGGCGGCCAACCCCCUGCUGUUCACCGGGGUCUAUGUCAUCCUGGCCAUGGGCAGCAUGCUGUUCCUGCUGGGCUUCCUGGGCUGCUGCGGAGCCAUCAGGGAGAACAAAUGUCUCCUGCUCUUUUUCUUCAUGCUCAUCCUCUUCAUCUUCCUGGCCGAGCUGGCAGCUGCCAUCCUGGCUUUCCUCUUCAGGGAACAUUUGACCAGAGAGUAUUUCAGCAGGGAGCUGAAACGUCACUACCAAGGUCACAACAACACCGACGUCUUUACAUCCACAUGGAACGCCAUCAUGACCACGUUCGAUUGCUGUGGCGUAAGUGGCCCCGAGGACUUCGAGGAGAGCCUCUUCAGGCUCCUCAGCCCCGAUAAGCUGGUCCCUGAGGCCUGUUGCCAGAGGAACGGUUACCCCGGAGACAUCAGCGUGGAGCAGUGUGUGAGCGGCAGCGUGGCCUUCAGACACAACAAGGGCUGUUACUCUGCGAUGGUGGACUACUUCGAGACGUACAUUUACACAGCAGGAGCUCUGGCCAUCGUGGUUCUGACAAUUGAACUCUUCGCCAUGGUGUUCGCGAUGUGUUUAUUCAGAGGCAUCCAGUAACGGCUGCGUCGUCGUCGUCGUCGUCGUCGUCGCCAUCAUCAUCAUCAGCCGUCAGAAAGACACAAGCAGAAGGAAAACAAAACUGUAAAAUAUGAAAUGUAUUUGUACAGUGAUAGUUUAUGUGUCUCAUUGGUUUUGUGACAUCAUUCUGUACUUCACAGCAGCAGCAGGGCGCUCGGGGCGCUGCUUUGGGCACAAUAGACACACACAGGAAGUAAUCCGCGACCUGAGGAUGAGGUUCUGCACUGUCCGCACUGUUUUCUCAAAAGUAAAGGCUUCACACCGGUGCUAAGAGGUUCUACAAGCUAAACACUGAGGGCAAACUGAAUCGUACGUGGUCUUCUCACCACAGAAGUCACUUCGGUCCAGGAAACUGGCCCUAAAGCUGGAAACACGCCAUUUAUAGCCCGAUUACAACCUCGAUUUGGCCGUGAUGAUUGAUUUUCAGGAUCGUGGCGAGUCUGCAGUUCAGGUACAAUCAGCGUAUAUUAUCUUGCUGUGAGCCUCAGAACAGUCAAAGCUGUCAGGAUUAUAUCAAAAAUCUGGGAAAUGUGAAGAUGAUCAUGUAGUUUGAGCUGGUCAGCAAUGGAAAUCAGAACUCAUUGAGCCUCAUGCAACAACAUUUUCGUGUUCUCUCAUCAUAAACCUCUCUUACUUUUACUGGUUUGUUCACCAAACUCUCGAAGCUGCACAAUCUCGAUGAACGCCGCCUGUUCGUACAGUAGAAUUAUCGACGCCCCCAAAUGGUUAUAAGGCCGGCUGUUCGUUCACAAAAUGGUAAUAAAUAAUAAUAAGACUGAAAAGACUUUCACACAGUGGAGUCCUGCAGCAGACGAAGAGAGAACAAAGCGUCAGCAGCGUCAGAGGAUCCGACAUGCAAGCGCACAUUCCUGGUAGAUGACUUUGUAACGUGAACGCCGUUAACCUCGUGAUCGUCUUGACGAAACAUAAAAUAUUUGUCACUUUGUCUUACAGUUUAAUUAACCACUGUGCAGUGUUUUGGCGUCUGAUAAGCCUUCAGUCUCAUGGAUCUGUUACUCAAACGGGACUUCCCGAAGCAACACGCCAGCACAGCGUUGUUUUAAAGCAGGCCGCGGACGAGAGGAUAUAUUCAAACAAAAGUGUGAUGGGUGCCGACCCAGAAAUCGCAAAAUGCCAAAUGAAAUCGUCGGCGCUCGCAGACAGUAUUAGUACUUUCUAAUAUUGCACAGCAGCAGAAAGAAACGUACGUUAGACUGUCGGGAACAGAGAGACGCAGAACGAGCUGCUGCUGUGCCAACAAAACAGGAAAAAGAAAGAAACCUCUCAGUAAAGAUCACACUGAUUUACAUUUUUAUUUCAGUUGUUUUCGGUGUUUUAAAAUUCAAGAGUUUCCCCCUGCAGAGUCAAACUGAACUACGUGGCUCUUUGUCUCCAAAGCCCAGAAAGUUGCUCUUCUCUCAAGUGUUUCUUGCAUGAGGCUCAUUGUCGACAACACAAGUCACGAAUCAGGAAACGUGAUUCAGAGUCUCUUCACAGUCAUAAUGUCUGUUUACAGGGUCCGUGCGCUCGUGCAGGGUUCAGUGUAAAGUGUUAAGUAAAGGAGCGUUCAGUAUUUAAGUUUGUCACGGACGGAUCUUCACGACAGGAGGGGGAAUAUGUGUGAAUAUGUGUGAGUGUUUAUGUGUAGGACUGCGAUGGUGUACAGCAUGUUUCCCUCUUUGUGCACAGUGUAAUAAUGUCCAGUAGUUAUAAAAUGGAAAUUUAGCUAAAAUAACAUUUUUCUGUAAGUGUGUUUUUGAAAAGUCGAUUUGUAUAAAUGGCACUGAUUGACAUUAAACUGAUGUCUGUGAUUUUA